AUGGAAGAGAAAAAGAACGCUCUGUACACUGAGCAAGUAGAAGAAGCUCAUUUGAGAGAUCAGCCGAAUUAUGCACAUUCAAACAACAGCACCAUUGAUGCAGAUGUCAAUGCCAACAAAGAGAAUAUCGGCCACAACGACACAUUUGGCGAAUCAGAAGCAAAUCAAGUCAACAUUGAAGAUGCCAAGAAUGAGUAUCAAGAGCUUCGUCGAGAAUUGAGUACAAAAAGUCAGCGCUUAUCACUUUCCAAAGCUGAGGAAGGUGCAUCAAAUUCCGAAGACUUUGAUCUAGACCAAUUUUUACAUGGCAUUUCCAAAGCACAAGAUGAAAAUGGACACAAGCGCAAACAUCUAGGUGUUGCUUGGAGAAAUUUGCAUGUGGAGGGUCUUGGUGCCGACGCUUUCACAAUUCCGACUGUCAUCAGUAACAUUCUCUCCGUUGUUCAAUUCUGGAAAUUUUUCCAAAAGAGCAAGGCCAGUACUAAAGUGAUCAUUGAUGAUCUUUCUGGUUGCUGCAAAGACGGCGAAAUGCUUCUUGUCUUGGGUCGCCCAGGAGCAGGCUGUACCAGUUUCCUCAAAGUGAUUGCCAACAUGCGAGACUCAUAUACCUACAUUGGUGGUGAUGUGAGUUACGGUGGUAUUGAUCCCAAGACCUUUGCUGAGCGCUUCAGGGGUCAAGUCUGUUACAAUGAAGAGGAAGAUCAGCAUUACCCUACUCUUACUACCAAACAGACGCUCCAGUUUGCCCUCCGCACCAAGACUCCUGGAAAACGUAUUCCCGGUGAAACCAAGAACGAUUUCGUUGAUCGUGUACUCUACAUGCUUGGUAAUAUGCUUGGUUUGACAAAGCAGAUGAACACCAUGGUCGGUAAUGCCUUUGUGCGUGGCUUAUCUGGUGGUGAACGUAAACGUCUUUCCAUUGCUGAACAAAUGACAACCAGUAGUACCAUCAAUUGUUGGGAUUGUUCCACCCGUGGUCUCGAUGCCGCUUCAGCUCUUGAUUAUGUGCGCUCAUUGAGAAUUAUGACUGACGUAUUUGAUAUCACUACCAUUGCUACUUUGUAUCAAGCAUCCAACAGCAUUUUCAGCUUAUUUGACAAGGUGCUUCUCUUGGAUGAAGGUCGUUGUAUCUACUUUGGUCCCACCAGUGGAGCCAAGCAAUACUUUGAUGAUCUCGGUUUCCAUUGUCCCCCUCGCAAAUCUCUUCCUGAUUUCUUGACUGGUCUUUGUAAUCCUUUGGAGCGUGAAUUUAAGCCUGGAUUCGAGGAUUCCGCACCCAAGCAUGCCAUUGAAUUCCAAGAAAAGUACUACCAAUCUGAUGUCCACAAGGCUAUGAUGCGUGAUUUGGAAGACUAUGAAGACAAAAUUGCUGCCGAGAACAAGGCGAAUGCUUUUGAAGAUGCCGUUCGUGAAGAACAUCAAAAGCGUGCUCCCAAGAAGACUCCUUACAUUGCCUCUUUUUUCCAACAAGUCAAGGCUCUUACUAUCCGUGAACAUCACUUGCUUAUCAAGGAUAGAGAAGCUCUAAUUUCUCGCUACGGUACUAUGCUUAUUCAAGGCUUGAUUACUGCCUCUUGUUUCUACUUGCUUCCUCUCACGGGCAGUGGUGCUUUCUCUCGUGCUGGUGCCAUCUUCUUCUCGGCCAUGUUCAACACCUUCAUCUCUCAGUCAGAAUUAGUUAGAUUUUUGAUGGGCAGGCCCAUCCUUGAAAAGCACAAGCAAUAUGCCUUGUACAGACCUUCUGCUUACUACAUUGCUCAAGUCACUAUGGAUAUUCCUUACAGUCUGGCUCAAGUUUUGCUCUACAACAUUUGCUCGUACUUUAUGAUGGGCCUCAAUCUGACAGCUGGCAGAUUCUUCACUUCAUUCAUCAUUCUCUUCUUCUUGACAAUGUGUAUGACUGGAUUCUUCCGCUUCUUUGGUGCUAUCACUUCUAGCUUCUUCAUGGCUACUCAAAUCACUGGUGUCUUGCUUAUUGCCACUACCACUUAUACAGGUUAUACCAUUCCCUAUGACAAGAUGCACCCUUGGUUGUUCUGGAUUUAUUAUAUCAAUCCCAUUACUUAUGCUUACAAGGCUUUGGUUUCCAAUGAAAUGGAAGGUCAAUUGUAUUCUUGUGAGGGUGUUGGUAAUGCUGUUCCCUUUGGACCUACUUAUCAAGACUGGAACUAUAAAGUCUGUACUAUGGCUGGCGGUAACCCGGGCGAGAAUUUUGUUCGUGGCGAUGAUUACCUUCGUACUGCUCUCUCAUAUAAUCCUGAGGACCUUUGGGCCCCUGAUUUCAUUGUUGUCGUUGCCUUCUUCAUCUUCUUUACCAUUCUCACUGCUUUGGCUAUGGAAUACGUCAAGUUGAACAAGGCUGGAAGUUUGACCAAGCUUUAUUUGCCAGGCAAGGCUCCUAAGCCUCGUACUACUGAAGAAGAAGAUGAACGUCGUCGUCAACAAGACAAGAUCACUGAAAACAUGGACAAGAUGUCUACUGGUACUACCUUUUCAUGGCAACACGUCAACUACACUGUUCCCAUCAAGGGCGGCUCCAUUCAAUUACUCAAUGAUAUCAAUGGUAUAGUCAAACCGGGACAUCUCUGCGCCUUGAUGGGUUCUUCUGGUGCUGGUAAAACUACUCUUUUGGAUGUACUCGCUCGCAGAAAGACUCUCGGUACUGUUUCAGGCGAGAUCUUUUUGAACAAUGAAGCUCUUAUGACUGAUUUCGAACGUAUCACUGGUUACUGUGAGCAAAUGGACGUCCAUCAACCUGCUGUCACUGUUCGUGAAGCUCUUCGCUUCUCUGCUUAUUUGCGUCAACCUGCUGAAGUCUCCAAGGAAGAAAAGGAGGAAUAUGUUGAGCAAAUUAUUCAACUCUUGGAAAUGACCGAUAUUGGUGAUGCUCAAAUUGGUCAAGUCGAAACUGGUUUUGGUAUCUCUGUUGAGGAGCGUAAGCGUCUUACUAUCGGUAUGGAGCUUGUGGGCAAGCCUCAAUUGCUCUUCUUGGAUGAACCUACUUCUGGUUUGGAUGCUCAAUCUUCUUUCAACAUUAUCCGCUUUAUUCGUAAGCUUGCUGAUGCCGGCUGGCCAGUGCUGUGUACCAUUCAUCAACCUUCUGCCAUUCUGUUUGAACACUUUGAUCACUUGUUGCUCUUGGUCAGAGGUGGCCGCACUGCUUACUAUGGUGAAAUUGGUCAGGACUCUCGUACCAUGAUUGAUUACUUUGAGUCCAAUGGUGGUCCUAAGUGUUCUCCUGAUGCUAACCCUGCUGAAUACAUUCUUGAAGUCGUCGGUGCUGGUACCGCUGGUAAAGUCACCAAGGAUUGGGCUGAAGUGUGGCAAAACUCAGAGGAAUGUAAAAGACUCGAUGCUGAACUCGAUGAAAUUGAGGCUAAUGCAAACAAGAAUCCCACUCGUGAAGCUCAUACCUAUGCCACAUCAAUGACAACUCAAUUCCGUCUCGUAUAUGGUCGUAUGGCUCUUGCUUACUGGCGUUCAUCUGAUUACAAUAUUGGCCGCUUCCUCAAUCUCAUGUUCACAUCGCUUAUCACUGGUUUUACCUUUUGGAAGCUGGGUGCUAGCUCAUCUGAUAUGAUGUACAAGAUUUUUGCUUUGUUUGGUACCUUCAUCAUGUGUUUCACCAUGAUUAUCCUGGCCCAGCCUAAAUUUAUGACAGAGCGUAUGUAUUUCCGUCGCGAAUAUGCUUCAAGUUACUACGGUUGGUUGCCCUGGGGUGUCUCUGCCAUCUUGGUUGAAAUUCCUUAUGUCUUUUUCUUUGCUGCUACUUUCAUGUUUGGUUUCUAUUGGACUACCGGUAUGCAAAACACGGCCUCUGCUUGUGGAUACUUUUACAUUACCUUUGUCAUCCUUGUUUGCUGGGCUGUCACCUUGGGUUUCGUGAUUGCCGCUGUAGCUGAAUUGCCCACUAUGGCUGCUAUCAUCAAUCCGUUGGUUCUCUCUCUUCUUAUCUUGUUCUGUGGUUUGAUGCAAUCUCCUAAGGCUAUGCCUAAGUUCUGGAGUUCUUGGAUGUACUGGUUGGAUCCUUUCCAUUACUAUAUUGAAGGUCUUACUGUGAAUGAACUUGAAAACUUGAAGAUUGUCUGUACAGAUGGCGAUUUGUUGCGCUUUUCAGUUCCUGAAGGCCAAACUUGUGGUCAAUACACCGCUGAUUUCUUUGCAAAUGGUGCUCCUGGCUAUAUCGCCAAUCCUGAUGCUGUUCAACCUGAACAAUGCGGCUACUGUACCUACAAAUCAGGCCCUGAAUUUUACGAGGGCAACAUGGGAUGGAGUGCCGCCAACAAAUGGCGUAACUUUGGUAUUUUGUUUGCUUUCUUUAUCUUCAAUAUCAUUGUCUUUUUAGGCCUUGUUUAUUGGAAGAGAAAGGGCAGAAGAUAA